ACCGGUUGCAUUAGUAAUGCGUGAAUAGUGUACGACGGAUGUAAACAACGGUCCGUAUAAUAUACACAUUUACGGUACUCGUUCGUGUAAAUAAAUUUUUACUGUGUAUAAUACUCGUAUUAUACACAAGUGCGUUAAAUAAAAUAUAAUUAUUAUUAUUUACUGUUUUGUAUUUAAACAAUUUUUGGUUUAAAAAAAAAAUUUGCAUUUAAUAUAUUUUUAUUUUAAUAAUUAUUUUGGUUAUUAUUAUCGUCCACGCGUCGUCUAUCUAAUCUAUAAUUGAAAAGACGAUCGCGCGAGCGCAAGCGUCAUCGAAAUAACGGUAUGGAUAUGUUGAUCGUUAAAACCGAAGACGAAAAUGAUGAGAGGAAAACUCUCUGCAACAGCAAUAAUAAUAAUAACAACAACAACAACAACAACAAUAACAACAACAAUUGCAAGAAGAACAACGGUGUCGGAACGACAACGAAAACAGUGGCGGCGACCGGUGGUGUCGGGACCGGCAGGUCCGAAAAACCACCUUACUCGUACAUAGCCCUAAUCGUCAUGGCAAUCCAAAGUUCGCCGGUGAAAAGGCUUACGUUGAGCGAAAUAUACUCUUUCCUACAGCACAGAUUCCCUUUCUUCAGAGGUUCCUACCAGGGAUGGAAAAACUCAGUGCGACACAACCUGUCAUUGAAUGAAUGUUUCAUCAAGCUACCGAAAGGGCUGGGGCGUCCGGGAAAAGGUCACUACUGGACAGUGGAUCCAGCGUCGGAAUUGAUGUUCGAAGAGAGCUCGUUCAGACGAAGACCCCGGGGAUUCCGUCGCAAGUGCCAACAGAAGACUGUUGGACCGAUCGGUGGCGUCGGUAGUGGUUACCAAACGUCACAGUACCAUCAGCAUCUACACCACCAUCAUCAUCACCAGAACCUACAGCUGCAACAACAGCAACAGCAUCACCAUCAUCCGUCCGUGCAACAGCAGCAACCGCAGUCGUUGCCACAGACGCAGCUGUCACCGAUUCUGCCACCUCCACAGCCACCACAGCCUCCACAGCAGCAGCAGCAACAGCAACCAAUUGUCACUCAACCACAUCCCCAACAACCGCAACCUCAGUCACAAUCGUCGGCUUGUUACUUGCAUGACCAAUACGAUUACAAAGACGCAACGGCUGCAGUGGUCGCGGGAUACCAUCACCAGCAGCAACAGCAACAGGACUACGGUAGUGGUGCAGGCGGUGGAGGAAUAGGCAUCAACGGCGGCGGAGGGUACUGCAGCAGGAACGACCAGUUGGAUCAUUUCGCGGCCAACUUUUGGCAAAGUCAAAAGUCUGAAGGUUACGUCGGCGGCACGGGUGGUUACCAAGAACAGUUUGAUUACGGUUGCCAGUAUAACUUGACUCACGACAAUGGUUAUGGCACGGUUGCGAGAAGAUCAGCGACUGCGGCCGGACAAACACAACAGACCGUCAUGGACAACGUUAUGAACGCCAGUAGCGGAUUACCACAACACAUAAGUCUCCACCAUUAUUAUGACUGUCCAAAGUUUUGUUAAGCUGUCAUAGUUUUUAUAUAUAUUAUGGCGCGUGUAUGCAUUGGACUUUCGCAUUUAAAAAAAAGUAUCAACCGUAUAUUAUAAAUGUACACAGUAACAUAUAUAAACCGCAGAUACCAUUCAAAUCGGAAAUUUUCUUUUGUAUAUAUAAAUAUAAAAUAAGAUAUAUUUCAGCUAAAUGUAUGUUUGAUAUUAUCGUGCAUAACGAAAUGUAUUUAACGCUCGUAAACAUUAAAAUGGAUGGUAACCAAAUCGGUAUAUUGAAGCAUUAGGUUAUCGCACGAUUCCUUUAAACGAUAUGUCUUUCACUUUUAAGUUUCAAUGAAUAUUAGAAUAUUUUAUCUUGAUUCUGAAUAAUAUGAUUGCCCGGAAAGUCUCAUAAAGCACUCACAAAACAUUUAUAACUGACUUCAGUGUGAGCAGUGAGCUGUUGUAAGUACACUUAAUACAGUACAUUAUAAUAUAUAAGUAGCGAAAUAAAAAUACUUUAAAUUCUUUUAUAAUAGUUUUUUUUUUUUUUAAAAAGCUUUUAAGACAAAAUAUAUAUUUCUUAGUUAAUUGUUUGAAAAAAAAACUUUUCGUUAUUAUAAUUUAAACAUAAUAUAUUAGCAAAAUAAACUACCAGCGAAUAUAAAACAAAAUGUCAUAAAAAAUUAUAGAUAACAAAAAUGAAUAUAAUCUUUCAAUAUGUAAUAUGUAUACAAUAAAAUUUUUACUUUGUGUUAGUUAAGUACAUGUCGUAAAGUUUUAUUUUUUAGGAUUAAAGUGUGAUGUACAUAAUGUAUUUAUUAAUGUAUUUUUUUUAACAUUCUGUAAAUAAUAUAAUAAUUGGCCCAACCAUCAGUUGUGCAAAUACAAAUAUCGAACGUCAUCUCUAGUCUCUCUCUAUAUGAUAUAUAAUAUUAUAUCGACAAAACGUGAAUGUUCGAUAUUUCGUAUUGAAUAAAAGGCUGAAAAUAGUUUAUUUAAAUCAAUAUAUUGUAUUACAUGUAUGUGUAAAUAGUUAUACGAUUAUUUUAAGUACUAUUGAAACCAUUUUAUUUAGAAAUAAAACAUAGCGCACAGAAA